CGCCGGCCCCGCCGCCGCAGCAUGCGCGCGGCCUGACAUGGCGGCGCCGUGCCGGACGCGGACGCUGCAGGUGGUGGACACGGAGUUCAGCGCCGACGCCGUGGAGUGGUGCCCGGUGGAGGGCUGGCACAGCAUCCUGGCCUGCGGCACCUACCACCUCCGCCCGCCCGCCGCGACCAACCCUGGAGGAGGCAAUGAGGCCUGCGACCGGACGGGGCGCCUCUACCUGUACCACUACAACGAGGAGCAGCCUUACGUCCCGCUGACAGAAAUCCAAAGGAUUGACACUGCUGCCAUCCUAGACAUCAAAUGGUGCCACAUUCCAGUUGCAGAACAUCCCAUGGUUGGCACUGCAAACUCAACAGGUGCUGUGGAGUUCCUCCACCUCACUGGAAGUGAGAAGAACAGCUGCAUGUUGGAGCCAUGCUUCAGGGUCGAUCUAGGUGCACAGCGUCUUGCCUUGUCCUUAGAUUGGUCCACAGGACGAGAACAAUGUGGAUGCCCUUUGAGAGUGAUCAGCAGUGAUUCAGAGGGGAAGCUGAAUCUGUUCUCCAUAGAUGAAUCUGCUCCUUCUGUGCAUGUCCUGAACCAGUGGGAAGCUCACAGAUUUGAGGCCUGGAUUGCUGCUUUUAAUUACUGGGACACAGACAUUGUGUAUUCAGGAGGAGAUGACAACCUGCUAAAGGGCUGGGACACAAGAUGCAGUCCUGAGACUCCGGUCUUCACCAGCAGGAGACAUUCGAUGGGAGUGUGCAGUAUUCAGUGCAGUCCCCACCGGGAGAAUCUUCUGGCUACUGGCAGCUAUGAUGAGCAUGUGCUGUUGUGGGACACCAGGAACAUGAAACAGCCGUUGGCAGACACCCAUGUUGAAGGAGGAGUCUGGAGGUUAAAGUGGCACCCAACUUGUGAAUUUGUGCUGUUGGCAGCCUGCAUGCAGAGUGGAUUCAAAAUCCUUGACUGCCGUGGAAGCAUGGCGGAAAACACGGAGGAAUGCAUCAUCCUGACAUCCUAUGUCUUGCACAACUCCUUGGCCUAUGGGGCUGACUGGUCAAGGCUCUGUCCAAGGGGUUCCUUGACUGUAAUACAAGACUCCGCUUCUGCGUGCCAGCCUUCUGAGGAGCUUGUGGCAAGAUCAGGCGAAGGAGAUGAGAGACUGAAUUUGCAGGUCCAAAACCUGAAGAUAAUUUAUGAAUCUCCUACAGCUACUUUUGAUGUAAUAUUGGAUGAGGAGAGUGAAAACUCUGCCUUGCCUCUGAAAGCAGAGGGGAGUCCUAACAUGGAGCGGGGUCCUAUGUUGGCUCAGGAUCAGGACUUGGGUAGCGGCCCGGAUGCAAAGAGGAGCCUAGAUUCGGUUGGGGGUCGCAACCUAGAGGGAGAUUCUCUGUCAGCAAGUGCUUCUGACUCGGGAGUUAUGAGACCCAACGGAGCAGGCCUGGACAGAAGUGGUGAUUCAACUGGACCAUUAGACAGUCCAAAAGAAAUGAGCAUUGUAGCAACUUGUUCAUUCUAUGAUAAUAUCCUACAUGUCUGGAAGUGGGAAAUGAGCCUGGUUACCCCUUCAGAGAUGUCAAGUACUAGAUCUCAGUCAGAAAACACAGUUUAACUUUUUUGAAAGUCUGCCUUGACAGUCCCAGUGGAAGGGGAUAGAAAAAUUCCUCUACUGAGAGCAACAUCUAUAGUUUAUGCCCUGUCCAAUUUCGGGUGGGAUUUUUUGAGUUGUUUUUGUUGAGUUUGUGAGUCUUUAAAGGCUGAUACUGUUGGAAUUAUUGGUGUUUUAUUUCCAGCACUGAAGAAAGCCUUUGCAGAGAAGUGUGGUAAAGCACAGACAUGUUUGUUUAGUUUUCCCUGGGUGUACUGGUUCAAAGUAGGACGGCUUUCCUCUCAAAAGCUACUUGUUUGUACAUUACAUUUGAAGCCCUUCAAGGCUGAUUUGCAUUUGUCUGAUUGAUCUAUUCAGCCUGUUCUCCUUCCAAAGCAAACUAAACCUGCCUGCAAAACUACAUACAGACAAACAAACACUAUGUGGUCAUUUUUUCCCGAUUUUUUUUUCCUCAAAAAAAGUCCAUGAGUUAAGUUUAGCUGUGUACGUAGCUUGUUUUGCAAUCUGUAGGCUACUAUGUACUUUGAGAAGAUGCUCAAGGACAGUCAAGAUGCUGACUCAAGGUGCUGUGCAAUCUUCUUUUAGUGAUCUUCAGUAGAAAUCAUUUUUUUAGAAGGAAAUACAAACUGACUGUUACGACAGACUGCUGUUCAACUACAGGAAGUUUUGUUUGGAGCAGGGCCUUUCUUGUAAGGACUCUAGUGUAUUUGCAUGGUCUAAUUUUGCAUCAGACUUAUCACCUGGAUGUCAUCUGACUUCAUCACUCUCCAAGCUAAGUACAAUCUUGUUUAGCAUAAAUUGUGUAGUAAGUCCUCCUAUAUUUUAGUGCCAUACUUUACCAAAAAUCCCCAAACCCUCUUGGUUUCAAACUCCUAUUUUCUGCUAUCCAUAGCAAAAUAUUUAAAGGUGAACAGCUUUAAGAUCAAAACCUCCAAAAAAUUUAAGCAGUGUUUCCUGACAUAUUUUAAGAUCAAAAUAAAUAUAUAUAGAAACCAAAAUCUUAACAUUGCCCUAACUACCUCUGGGAAUGGCUGCAGAAUUUCUCAAGGUUACUCUGUACUAGCUUUCUUUUUUCACUGUGAAACAUAAGGAAAACACACUAUUUCUGGAACACUUUCUCUAUGUUCUUAAUUAUCUUCCUCCAAACAACAACAACAAAAUGCUUAAACGACAUAAUUUUGUUCUAGCUUAUAUGAUUUUUCUUUGGGAGUCCUAGAGGAUUAGUUGCCUGGAAGGGAAGAAACACCAGCAACAAGUAUCUGUAACAGUGUUGUACCUAAAAUGAGGUACAAUAGAUGAGAAUUUUACUGUUUUGAAACCCAUUUCUCAAGGGUGAAUGUGUAUUUUACAAAAACAACUUGAGCACUGUUACAUGAAGAUACUUAUUAGUAUUGUGAACAAGAGUUUUGGUUUUAAAAAA